AUGAAUAUUUUGAAAUGCUCAAGUCAGUUGAUUCACCUCUUUGUUGAAACAGUGGAUAACAAGGCAAGUUUCUUUGUUACUUUUAUCUAUGGAUUCAAUGAUGAGGAAGGUAUGAGAGGCCUUUGGAGAGAUCUUCAGGAGCUUUCUGUCACGGAUUCUUGGCUUGUCCUUGGCGAUUUCAAUGACAUUCUCAGUAAAGAAGAGAGAAUUGGCAAUCGGGUAAGAUUCAAAUCCUCUUUGGAUUUUAUCAAUUGUGUUGGAACUUGUCAACUUGAAGAUUUUAAGUAUAGUGGAAACUUUUUCACUUGGAGCAAUAAGCAACAAGGUGAAGAGAGGAUAUACUCAAAGAUAGAUAGAGUAUUGGCAAAUCAGAAAUGGUUGGAUUCGUUUCCUAAUGCUGAAGUAAUUUUUCAGAAUGAGGGACUUUUCGAUCACACACCUGCCAUUCUUACUGUGUAUGAUGUGGUUUUGAGUGGGAAGAAACCUUUUAGAUAUUAUAGGAUGUGGUCUUCUCAUCCUAAAAACUCUGAAAUGGUUACCAAAACAUGGCAGAAGCAGGUUAAAGGGACUAAAAUGUAUCAGGUUGUGACUAAGCUUAAGAGCCUCAAACCGAUUUUUAAAGAUAUUAAUCAACAGGGUUUUUCAGACUUGCACUCUGCUGCAAUUAAAGCUAGAGAACACCUGAAUAUUUGUCAAGAUGCAUUGCACUGA